GUCUGGUGGCACGGAGUGAAGUCGUCGGUCACGUCGUGGACCGACGCCCUACAACGACUUCGAGGAAUGUUUGGAGUACCGCGACCCGGUUAUAAAUUCCUCACGAGACAUUCGUUACCGAACAAAAUAUUGAACUGGCCGACGUAUUUAUUUGUAAAGUGCGCGCUUUGUUAUCGCUAUUACCGUACGUAGUACCGGAGGUAAUGAAGUUGGACAUUGUAUACGGGUUGUUAUAUCGUAGGAUUAGAAAACGCAUGUGUCGCGAUUCCUUCGACGGGCUGGAGCAACUCAUCACCAAAGUCAGGUUAGCCGAGGAGUCACUGGCGGAAGCUAUAUCAGACUUCUUGCUGGGUGUAUUCUGUCUACCUUUUACACUAGUCGGUCAGAUAUACAGACGCUUCUUGUUUGGAGCACUCAUGUGCAAACUGAUCCCAUUUCUACAAGCGGUGUCUGUGUCAGUGGACGUCUGGACGUUAGUUGCGAUAUCUCUGGAGAGGUACUUCGCCAUCUGUCGACCUCUAAAAUCCAGAAAAUGGCAGACACAGUGCCACGCCUACAAAAUGAUUGCCAUGGUCUGGAUCCUGUCCAUCGUUCUAAAUUCUCCAAUCCUGAUCGUCUCAGACCUUCAGCCUAUGAGGGGCAAUGCCUUCAAGUGCAGAGAAGUUUGGACAAGUCUGGAAUUGGAACGAGCCUUCAAUCUUGGACUGGACGCCGGUCUUUUGCUAAUACCAAUCUUCAUCAUGUCAUUUGCCUACUCCUUGAUUGUCACCAAACUGUGGAGGGGAAUGCGGCAUGAGAUACAACACAACUUCAAAUGGCAACGACAUUUAACCAGUUGUAAGAGCAAUCAUCUGAUACCUUCAACACCUAUGAUAAAGAGCAACUCAGCAGAGAUAUGCUGUAAAAAGUGGUAUACAAAGAAGCUUCCGAAGGACGAUUCGGAGGCGAGAUUGGACGUGGACAACAAUAGCACUCAGUCCUAUUGUAUGCACACCGUCGAUUUGGAGUUUAGACACGUUGUCAGAUCAACACACAUUGACAAGAGUAUAGAAGCAAAGAGGAAAGUGAUACGUAUGCUGUUCGUCAUAAUCUUGGAGUUCUUCGUUUGCUGGACACCACUGCACGUCAUUAAUACAAUUUACUUGUUCUACCCCGACGAGCUGUACCAGUACAUAGGACCUAAAGGUGUGGUCUCACUGCAACUCCUGGCAUACUGUUCAUCAUGCUGCAAUCCAAUCACCUACUGCUUCAUGAAUAGGAAGUUCAAGCAGGCGUUUAUCAGCCUCAUCAAGUCUUUUCGGAUAUUUAGGGCCUGCUUCUCUGAGAAGUCGGAAUGUAAACAGGCGACACCUCCUCCAGUCAGCUCGAGCCAGGAUGCUACUGCCUGCGUAAUCAGGGGCAGCCACACUGGACGCACAGAGCUGGAUGGACUGGAAGGUGAGGAUUGUGUUUAGCAGCGGUUCACACAGCACUGUUUUGGGAAGCGGCGUGCACCCCGCGCUGCCCGCGCCAGUGGUCGCGCGACCCAUCACACAGGUCAUCGAAACAGGAGAAGAAGGAAGCCAGUUCCUGUAUCGCAUCACUUGGGCGAGAACGGGACUGUCAAAGUCCAAUGGACCAACUCAGCCACUUUAUGAGUAAAGGACUGCGUCACCGUAUCAGUGAUAUGCGAACGUGCGCUUUAGGUCAAUUGGAUAUGGUACGUUUUAGACUGUGAAAGAUAGUAUUUGAUGACUUUUUAAAAUGCAGUGCUGUGUUAUGAAGACAAAAGUGACUGUGAAUUUAUGACUGAACUAUUUAAUAGUGUUUGAAUAAGCUUACAAUGUACAACGAACAUUUUCAAACGAUAUCUAUCUGUAACUAAAUAAAUCAGAUAUUUUUUGCUCAGAUUGGAAAUAUUUGUGUUUAUUGUGUGUUGAAAUGGUUGUCGAUGCCAUUUGUAUGUCAUCAGUAUUUAUUGUUAUUGCUUAGACGAUGCACAAAUAAAUCUUGGACGUACUAUCGUGAACCUAUUGAGAACGUAAGGCUGAGUGCACACAGUGCAAUUGCAACGGUACUAGUACUAGCAUAGCGGGAACGCAAUAUUUUUAAUUUAUAAUUUUUUUCGUAGGUGAAUUUGUUUAAGAACUUAAAGUAAAAGAGUUUAAAGUAAAAGGUCAAGUUCUUUCCUGAGUUCCUGAUGCAUUACUUUUAGCGUAAAAUUUCCUAUUUUUUGUUUAAGAUAAUUUACUAUUAUUAACAUUGAUCAUUUUUCCUCAAAAUCUUAGUAAUUUGCGGAAAGUUGCGGAAAAUGUCAUGUAGUACGGAAAUUUCAAAAUGCAAUCCCGUUAGUCAGAGAGUAUCAAUUGUAAAUCACUAUGUAAUUUCUCAGUGUAACGCAAGCUUUAUUUAAAGUUCGUUGUGAUUAAUAUUACAGUAAGAUUAUGUGGUUAU